UGUGAGUGAGCGAUCCGUUGCAGGACACAUGCCAGCGAUAACCUCAUUGUAUUCUAAAAACAAAAUUUAUGCACUUGUAUAUAAAUGUUGAUUGGUUUCAAGACGAUGUUAGGCACUCAUUAUUGUAGGUCAUGUGAUUGUGAUGAGCUGAAAUUGCUACACCGAGCGCUCCUUUCAACAUGACGACUUACAUCACAGCGCAAAUUCAAGCCAUGGCAUCACCAGACCAGCCAAAUUAUAUUUACAAAAUAUCACCGACUCCACCGCCUGAGCCUGUACCAGCAAUCUAUCCUCCCUCGGAGUUGGAUGAAAAGGAUGGCUUUAUCCAUCUCAGCACAGCCGCACAGGUCCCAAGAACCGCUGACUUGUUCUUUGCGGAGGCCCCUCACCUCUGGUUUGUGAAAAUACAAGUCGAGAGGUUAGUGCCGCUUCAUAGAAUCGAAUGGGGCCCAACUGGGUGUGUCUCGCUUUAUGGCGAGGUUACAGCUAGCGACAUUGUAGCUAUUGAAUCUUAUCAAAGGGACGGCGAAAAAUCGUGGGCAGAGACUCUUAUGAAUGGAAAAUGGCUGGAGUAACCCGUACAUAGUGGCGCUGAAACGUCGGCUGUGGCUUAUGAUAUACCGCUACCGUAGUAAUUUUCAAAACAUGGUGCAGCAUAUCAGGUUAAUAACUCUAGAUAUUUAUUUAUUUAGUUUAAUUUUUCUAUUUAAACCAUCUUCCUUAUUUAUUUACACUCAUACCUAGCUAUUCUGACAGCGUAAU